AUGGCGCGUUCUGUGUUGCUGGUGAUCGUGACGCUGUGGUGUGUUUCGUCGGUGGUCGCGGCACCGGGUACCCGUGGUUACUGCCCGAGCCGGUGCGUCUGUGACGAUGUGAAGCUUCACGUGACCUGUGGAGAGGGUGAACUCGAUGUGCUACCGAUCGCACUGAACCCGGCCAUCGAACGGCUAGUGAUCAAGUUCAAUCGUAUUAAGGCGAUCGAUUCGUCGAUCCAGUUCUACACGGAGUUGACGAUGCUCGACCUAAGCUACAACCACCUGCUCGGCAUUCCGAAAAGCAUCUUCGUGUACCAGCGCCGGUUGCUGCAGCUCCAUCUGAACAACAACAAAAUCUCGGCGAUCGGCAACAAAACGUUCGCCGGUAUGGAUGAGCUGCGGGUGUUGAAUCUGCGCGGAAAUUUCAUCGAAUCCAUCACCAAGCGGUUGUUUGCGUCGCUGAGCAAGCUGGAAGAGUUGAACCUCGGUGAAAACCAGAUCAGCACACUGCAUCCGGACGCUUUUGAGGGAUUGACCAGCUUGCGCAUUCUGCAUCUGGACGAUAAUGCGAUCAACAUCAUUCCGACGCCCUCGUUCCGUCCUCUGCGGCUACUGGCGGAGUUGUAUCUUGGCCUGAACACACUCUACACCAUCCAGACCGGGGCGUUCGAGGGUCUGCAGCACUUGAGGCGUUUGGAUGUGCGUGGUUCCAUGCUGGUCAAUCUGACGAUCGAUACAUUUCGUGGUCUGGAGAACGUACGAUCCCUGGACGUAUCCGAUAAUCAUCUGCUGAAGAAUGACUUUGAAACGAUCCCGGAAGGUGCAUUCUAUGGGUUGGCGAAUCUGCGUAAGGUUUCGGUAACGGGUGCACUCAAUCUGCAACGUAUCCAGGCCGGUGCGUUCGCUUCCAACCCUAACCUCGACACGAUCGUGAUUGCUUCGAACCGACUGUUGGCCGAACUGGACGAGGGAGCCUUCGCUGGGUUGCCACACAUCGAGAACGUCAUCCUGAGGGACAACGCAAUCCGGACGUUCCGUGAGGAGCUUCUGCCCUGGAAGCAGCUGCGCAACUUUGACAUCUCCGGCAAUCCGCUCGUCUGCAAUUGUCACAUGCGCUGGAUGAAGGAUCUGUUGCGCUCGAAGCCAGAGAUUGAGACGGAACAGAGCCAGGUGAUCUGUCAGCAUCCGGAUCGGUUUGCUGGGGAACCAUUGCGUGAGAUCAGCUCCGAGUUGCUCGGUUGCCAUCAGCGACCAUCGAAGGAUCGUGCAGUGGUUGGAGCGGUACUGGUGGCCUCUGCUGCCUCCCUUACGACGUUCAUUCUCGUCGCUUACCGGCUGCGACACCGGCUGGUCGAUGUGCUGGCUGGACCGGAGUGGCACAACAAGCGCAACUCGCUGAAGGAAGAGAAGGACCUGGAGUUUGGCAAAGCGUUCCCGGAGAUCGAGUACCAUCAGCCGAACUACAACAUCUACACCUGCAAUUACCAGCAAAUGUAUGCCGGCAAGCUCCAUUAUCAGCAUCCGGCUCCGUCGCAGCAGCAGCAACCACAGCAGCCACAGUACCAACAGGAGCAACACAUCUACGAGACCCCCAUCCCGGUGUCAGACCUUUGA